AUGGAAAGCUUUCAGUGUACUGACAAACUACCCCCAUAUGAAUGUACCUCAUGUCCCAACUUUCGAACCUUUUGUCUGGCGCACCUCAAACACCACCUCAAGCAAGGCCACACACAAAGUCCCAUUUCAGUGGACUACAAAUGCCCCAACUGUGAUUUCCACUCAUACUCGCGCUAUCUCCUCCUAAACCACGACUUAUUCAACUGCAGCCGCCUCCAAGGAGACACCGAAUGGCUCAUCAAUAAACAACUAAUCACAAAUAUCAAAUUACAAACCAGAGCAAUCGUAUGCACAUACUGUUUCAAAAUCUUCAAACACAAAAGCUAUCUCCAAAACCACGUCUACUUCGUCCACAAACCCAAAAUCAAACUAAACUCGUUCAAGUGUGACCAGUGCUCGUACCACACCACGAAAAACAGCGACUUGAAGCGCCACAUUCUAGGAAAACACACAGCCGAUGAGGAAAUCACGUGGCUCGAGUGCACUCUAUGUAUGAAAAAAUUCAAAAACAAAACCACGUUGCACAAACACAACAAAUACCUCCACAGCACGUCGAAAGAGAAGUUUUGGCUUCAAUGUGAACAUUGUCCUUUCAAAGCUCGAGUGAACUACGAGCUGAAAAAACACGUCAUUGCCAAGCACACGUCCGAGGAUCAAAUUCAUUGGUUUUUGUGCGACAAGUGCCCCAUGAAGUUUAAAACCAAGGGGUAUUUGCAUGCGCACAUAAAGUCGGUGCAUACGGCUCGGGAGGAUAUGCGUUUGAAUUGCCAGUUUUGCUGGUAUAAGACACAGUGGCAGUAUAAAUUGAACGAGCACGUGUUGGCGCGGCAUUCAAACAGUGAUGUUCGGUUUCAGUGUGAUCUGUGCCCCUCGCACUUUAAAAUGAAGGCGUAUUUGAAAAGCCACGUUCGGACUCAUCAUUCUAGUGAAGAUAGGCGCUUUCAGUGCGGACUGUGCGAGUACAAGAGUGUGCGGAAGUAUCAGCUGAAGUUACACGUUCUGAGGAAGCAUUGA